UGUCUUCGCCUCCGAGAUUUAUCAUUUACAGGGUAGUUGUCUAGCUAUGCAGCAACCAAACGCACAAGUAUUCAGAGUAGAAAGAGAAAACUAAAUUGUUUUCUCUUUCUCCCCUCGAAUGCUCUCUCCAGGUGCCACACCCGGAAGCAGGUUCAUUCUUGUCUGUGCGUGCGCACCGACUGCACAAGUGAAAUAUAACCUAUAUUUCGUUUGAUAGUGUUUUCUUCUUUGUGGAAUAAACAAAAAUGUCUCGACGUCGUCGUCAUGAAGAAACUGGUGAAGAACAAUGGGCCCGGCUAAUGGAGGAUUACGAACGGAUGUUUCAAGAGGAUCGAAGACCGAAGCGUCGGCGUAUUUUAUACUCCAGUUCCAGUAGUGAAGAUGAAAAUGUGCCACCCGAAGAAAUUGUUACAGAACAUCUAAGCCCAACAAAAGUGGAUCCUGAGGUUUUAGAAGAAACUAAUCCUGUAGUUCUUCCCGACACUGAAGAAGUCACGGAUAAUUAUGACCCAGAUUUAUUGAAAGCUCUCGGCGAAACGGAAUCCGAGCAAGGUGAAUUUGGAGUGGACCUGCAACCCGACAUCGCCAGUCGUUUCCAACAGAUUUUGGCAAACGGCUUAAAAAAGGAAGCGCGAGAGGAGUUAGUGAAAAAAUAUUUGUUUCCGAGCAAUGUUCCUCUGGCCAAAGCUCCUACACUGAACCCGGAGGUAGCAGCUAUGCUUGUGGAGAUUUGCCGCCUUCGUGACAAGCGAUUAUAUGGUAAACAGGAUCAGCUUGGGAGAGCUCUUUCGGCUGUCGGGAAGGCACUCACAUGUUUAUUAAAGAAGAACCCCGACAUUACUGAGGUGAUAUCUACUUUGAAUGAUGCCGGCAAAUUAAUCGCUGAUUCUCAUUAUGCGGAAACUGACACCCGUAGAUCAGUGAUUAUCCCUCUUGUUGAUAAAUCUCUUAUUGAAUCUUUCAAGGACAGGAAAAGAGAUAGUUUCUUGUUCGGUGACAAAUUGGGCGACUUAGUAAACACUUCAAAGGGCAUAAAGAAGACAAGUCAAUUUAUACAAGCAUCAACAUCUGCAAACGCAGGGUUAAACUCGACAGGCCCACCGCCGUAUCGACCGCGGCAACAGCGAGCCAGGCAAUACUACCCGCGUCGUGUCGGUGGGCCGCCGACAACCUACCUUCCGCACCAGCUCGCGAAUCGCCGGCGCGAACCACCGAUGCGAGCGCCCGGUCGACGUUAUCCCCCGCCGCCUCCGCCACCUCCGCCACCGCGCGCUCGACGUCACCCGCCGCAGACGCAUCGUUCAACCUAUCGGGAUCAUCGGGAGUAUCGGGACCGCAAUUAUUAGACUUACAGUCUCAGGUACACGCUGGUCGUUU